GUAUAAAAAAAAAAAAAUUAAAUGCAUAAAUUAUUCAUAAAAGUAACUACUGUUCAAAGUUUACAAUACGGAAAUUAAAACGUUAAGUCUGAUACGCAUACGAAUUCUGUCGCCAUAGAGUUUUCCUAAGAAUUGAAUAUAAUAAUAAAACGACAAGCACUGCAGUUCAACAAACAAAACAAAAAAAGGGUAAAAAAGCUGACAUCACACUGCAACCAUAAGAAAGGAUAAACGCAAUAAUUCUUUUUAUUUACUUUGUAUGGCAACAUCUAGAGAAGGCAGUGAAGUAGCAGCAAUGUAAUAGUCACAGCAUUAUUAGAGCUAGUUUUUUUUUUGGUAUUGCAAGAAAGCUACGCAGGAAUAUUUUUUUUUUUCGAACAGGAUAAAAAACAUAAAACGUGAAUUUUUUUCUUUUUUUGUUUUUUUUUGCGUUUGCAUUUACGUUCGGAUUUCUUGUUUCAUUGAGUUGGCAUUUUAUUGUAUGUUCUUUGCCAAGAAUUCGCCUGAUUUAUAUGCAUUGCAUGUGUAUUAGAGUGUAAUUGUUGUUGUGCUUAGUUGUGACGCGGUGUUUGUUUACAUGAUAUGGUAUACUCACGGACAAAUUUGAUGCGACUCCCAGUUUUGUCUAUAAAGAACAAUGGUAAAAAUUUGUCGCCAUUAGCGUUGUUGUUAGUAUUUUUGUUAUGAAUGGUAGCAUUUACUUCAGUUAUAUUAAGCUAAGAAGGAAGGCAACAUCUUUAAUAUUUUGAAAGUUUAACGUGCAUAUAAUCCUUAGUAAAUAGUGUUGAUGCUAACGUUUACGUUUACGUUUGGGUCAAGUUAAAAGUCAACAAACAAAUAAACCGUAAAGAAAUAAAAGAUGUUUUUAUUAUAAUUUUAAUGCACACUUUUCAUGAACGCAUAUAUACUAUAUUUGUAUAUGUAUAUGUAAGGAUGCUGACAAUAUGGAUAAUGCAUAGAAACGUGCAUAUGCUUGAAGUUGUUUGCUGAAUACAAAUGACAGUAAAUGACCUAAGGUCAAAUAAGUUGCGUGUGUGGGUGUGUGUGUUUGUUAUUUUUUGUUAUAUUCUGCAAAGAUGAAAAAAUAAUAAAAAUAAAACAAAAAUUACAAACAAUUUAAGUGAAGUGCGUGGAGGAAGAAGUGCUAUAAAAAAGGUACAAACUGUCACAAUUUAAGUUUUGCUAUUUGCUUCAAUAUGAAUCAAUUACAUCGAAGGCGUCGACAAGCUGCUGAGCCCUGCAGUUGCUUACGGCCAGUAAUAAGGAUUUUCGGUAUAAUAACGGCCUUUGCAAUUUGCGGCGUUGGCGUCGAUGUUUAUUACCAUGGCUACAGUGCUGGAUUGUAUAUAUUAAUUUCUUCUAUAGUCAUUUUCUUCUUAGAAGUAAAAUGGAUUAUUACACUAUUUCUGCACCUUCUGUUUGGCAGCGAUAGUUAUACCUUCUGGUUAAGGCGUUGGCAUGAUUGUAAGGUUAUUGGAGGUUGGCGAUUAGCACCUAUUUACGGUGCUAUAGGAAUUGCCCUUUUAUUGUGGCCUCACAAUCUAUGGUUAAGUUAUGUGGCUGGAGUCUUACUAAUUUUCUUGGCUGUGUUACGUUUAUGCACGAUUAUACGAUUCAGGAGUAGUGCAAAAGUGGAUGGAUUAGUACCACAAUGUGAUUUUGAACAAAUUGUUUCUUAUCCGGAUUUACCAGAAGAUAGUUUUGCUGAAGUGUGUACGAAUUUGGAAGAUGAGGAUCCAAUUGACGAUGUUUGUUAAUUAUUGUUGACAACAGUUAAGUAAAAUGUUAAAAAUAUUUAUAAUAUUACUUAAAUAUAAUUAUAGCAGUAAACAGAUUAAACAAUAACAAUCAUAGUAUGAGUAAUUCAUAGUUAUUAG